UCGUCUUGUUCUCACAGAAUCAUAGGCAUUUAAAUUUCCCUUUCUAUCAUCCAAUACAUUUCAAAGAUAGCUCUCGAAGAUACUCUAUCACCGGCUUUUCGAGAUAGAAGUGUUUACUUGUUUUGAGAGCCAAACUACGAAGAGGCAAGUGAUUAGCAUUAGAAUGUUUAACAUAACGAGGAUUGCGAGCACUACCUGUUCUUCGAGCGCCAUAACAAAAAUGUUCUCAUCUUUAACGAUCGCUACAAGUGGCAAACCCCCUCCUAGCAGUUGUUUUAAAGCAAGCACGCUGAAAUUCCAAACUGCCGGCCUGCAAACAACACCUGUGAGGAACGAUCUGAUGGAGUUUUUUGACAAAAAGGAAAAUUGGGGUGAAAAUCAAGUGAGAGUCGGAAGAGCAUGGAGGAAAGAGGAACUGCGAAUAAAGAGCAACACCGAUCUGCAUAAGUUAUGGUUUGUUCUGCUGAAAGAACGCAACAUGCUACUUACAAUGGAACAUGAAUCUAAGGAGCAAACAAAACUCUUUCCAAAUCCGGAAAGGAUAGACAAGGUGAAAGAGAGUAUGGCAAAUCUGGAAGAGGUGGUGAGAGAGAGGAAUAGAGCAUACUUUGAACUUGAAACUGGAGAAGAUGGAGAGAGGCCUUGGAAGAUGCAAACCAAUCCCCUCGGGCUGCAUUUCUUCUACCGCAAGAGGGAGUACCCCAUCCCGUGGUUCAUGAACCGGCGCUGGCAGGAGACUCACUACAUCCACGUGCACCGCGGCCAGGCGGUGCGCAAGUUCCUGCUCCGCUACCGCGAGAGGCUGUGGCUUGCCAAGAGGAAGCAAAGGACGAGGGAUUUCAACCACGUGGCUCAUCUGUUCAAGCGCUUCCCGGAUAUGGACGUCGAAGCUGUGAGGAAGCACUACCCGGACGUGGAUAUCGAGAGGGCGCGACUGUGCAAGCGGGCCCGUGGGCACCACACCAAGAAUCUGUCGUAGAGUCCCACGCCUGUACUGCAGUGCUCCCGGCAUGGGUGUCAGUCGUAGUUGGGAAUUCUCAGACCGGCAGACACGGUUACGGGAAUGAACUGCAAUCUUUAUUACCGGGCGACAGCCAGACGCGCAUUCACCUGUGCUGCGAGAGUGACAGGCUGUCAGAUGUUCGAUAUUGCGAGGUGGACUGACACUCGGCAGAGUGAAAUUAGUGUGUUUUGUGUGCCUGCUGCACUUGGAGCUACAAAAUGUAUCAGAUUGCAAUAAGAGUCACAAUAUCUCUAAAACCUGUGUGUGUCUACUGUUCAUGAUCGUAGUAAGUGAUUUUGUGAUAUCUUCUGUUUGCAGCCAUUAUUACAUUCUAACAGUGUAAUGGAAAGAACGCUGUUUUUGUUAAGCACUAAUUAUGUUUAUAAUAUAAUAAAUAAAUUUGCAGCUA